AUGGGCAAAUCCAAGGCAUGCGGCCGUCUUGCCGCUCGCAAGCUUCGCCUUGCACACAAAUCUAACCUUUGGGCAUCAAACGCAUAUCGUCGCUCACUCGGCACAUCAAUCUACAAGACACCACUUGAAGGCACCUCAAUGGCCUCCGGCAUUGUUGUCGGCAAAGUUGCUGUCGAAGCUAAGCAGCCAAACUCCGCUAUUCGUAAAGCAGUUCGUGUUCAGCUUAAGAAGAACUCUAAAGUUGUUACCGCCUUCGUUCCACGCGAUGGUUCUCUUCGUCUUAUUGAUGAUAACGAUCGUGUUCUUAUUGCCGGUAUGGGUCGUUCCGGCCGUUCUGUCGGUGAUCUUCCAGGCUGCCGCUUCAAAGUCAUCAAAGUUGCUGGUUUCUCACUCCUUGCUCUCUGGCUCGGAAAGAAGGAAAAGCCGCGCAGCUAA